AACAUACAGAAUGUUCACGUUAAAUGAAACGCAAUGCCUAAACCCUUCUUUGUUUCUCCAGGGAAAGAUCGAACCUAGAGACUAAACAACAGAACCAAAAAAAAAAAAAAGGUUAAAUAAAAUGAUAAUAGCGAUGAUGUAUAGGCCUAAAAAAUUGAAGCAAUUUUAUAUUAUACCAGCUUUGUUUCUUAUUUUAUCAACAUUGUUUUCUGUUUCUCAUGGUAGAAAAAAUGAGAAUGUUGAUUUGCAAUCCGAUGGAAUUAUGAGGUUGGUGAAGCGAAAAAUGGAAGAAACUGAAUCAAGAAAUUCGUCAAUUAUAUUAGCUAAGGAAGAGACAGAGAGGCCUGAUCCUUUGAAUAAAUUUAAAGAUUACAAAGGAGGAUGGGAUAUAACAAGCAAACAUUACCUUGCUUCUGUUGGUUAUAGUUCAGCUCCUUUCGCCCUCAUGGCUAUAGUCUGGUUUAUGUUGUUCGGUAUUUUUCUACUUUGUGCUUGCAUCUGUUGCUGCUGUUGCCACCGCAACAAGCCCUACGGCUAUUCUCGACUUGCUUAUGCAUGUUCUCUCAUCUUUCUCAUACUUUUCACCAUUGCGACUGUUGCUGGAUGUGCUUUAAUGUUCACUGGAGAAGGAAAGUUCCUGGCCAGUGUAAAUGAUGUAUCACAUUACAUUGUGAAUCAAGGAUUAAGCAUCUACGAUAAUAUUAUAGGCAUACAAAAUUUUCUUAUAUCUGCAAAGAAUGUUGUUCUGAACAAUAAGUUUGUACCCGAUGAUCUUAAAGGCGAGGUUGACAAGGCCAACAAGUUAAUCGACUCCGUAGGAAGCCUUCCUCGUAUCAAAUCGCAAGACAUCACAGAUGAAAUAAGAAAGUUACUCAAACAAAUCAACACUGCUCUUAUCACUAUUACUGUUUUCAUGCUCCUCUUGGCAUUUCUUGGAUUCUUGUUUUCCAUUCUUGGCAUGAAAACUUGUGUGUAUAUGUUCGUGGUCAUUGGGUGGAUUGUGAUCACACUCACAUUUUUCUUGUGCGGCCUGUUUCUCGUUUUUCACAACAUAGUGUCAGAUACAUGCAUUGCAAUGGACGAAUGGAUUCAAGACCCGAUGGCCGAAUCAGCAAUGGGGGAAGUUCUCCCUUGUUUUGACAUGGCAUUCGGCAAAGAGAUCAAGGAAGCAGGGAAAGGAGUAACCACAAAUGUUAACGAUUUACUGAACCAAUUCAUUACCGUUUUAGCCAACAACAAUACCGCAAACAAUCAAUCCGGUCCAUUCGUGCCUUUAAUCUGCGACCCAUACAAACAUGGCGACUCUCAGGAGAGUUGCGGUGAUGAAGUUCCCUUGAAAAAUGCAACAGAGGAGUGGAAGAAAUAUGUAUGUCAAGUUUCAGAAGAUGGUGAUUGCACCACACCAGGCCGUCUAACACCAGACAUGUAUACUGAGAUGAUUAAAGCAGUGAAUAUAAGCAACGGGUUAUAUGACUAUAAUCCCUUCAUUGCUGGCGUUGCUGACUGCAGCAUAAUCCAAGACACUUUGAAAAAUAUAACCACAAACCAUUGUCCAGGUCUGAAGAAAUACAGCGAAUGGGUUUACAGUGGCUUAGUCGCCGCCACUGGUUCUGUGAUGUUUUCGUUGUUCUUUUGGGUGUUAUACGCUAGAGAAAGGCGGCAUCGGAAGUAUACGAAAAGGAUCAAUAAAGGAUACGAUGAGUCGCCUCUUGUUGGAGGGAAGAAGCUGUAA